GGGGCGCGCGCCGGCGGGGGCCGGGGGAGCUGGCGCGGCCCCGCGCCAUGAGGGACCAGCUGGAGCGGGGCCGGGAAGAGUGGCGGGAGCUGGAGGAGGAGUUCCGGCAGCUCCAGGAAACACACAAAGUUUACAGGCAGAAACUGGAAGAAGUCACCAGCUUGCAGACAGCCUGCAGCAGCUCCAUACAGAGGCAGAAGAAGACACUAAGGGAUCUGAAGCACAGCCUGCAACGGUGCAAGCCCAGAGCGAGUCCUGAGGAGUUUGCUCUCAUUCAGGAGAUCAGCAGCCAGAUCAAGGAGAGGCAGAAUGCCUUCUUUGACAUGGAAGCCUACCUGCCAAAGAAGAACGGCCUGUACUUGAAUCUGGUGCUGGGAAACGUGAAUGUAACUCUCCUGAGUAACCAAGCAAAGUUUGCCUACAAGGACGAGUAUGAGAAGUUCAAACUUUAUCUGACAAUAAUCUUGUUACUUGGGGCCGUCGCCUGUAGGUUUUUUCUGCACUAUAGGGUGACAGAUGAAGUGUUUAACUUUCUGUUAGUGUGGUAUUACUGCACGCUGACGAUACGGGAAAGCAUUCUCAUUAGCAAUGGAUCAAGGAUCAAAGGCUGGUGGGUGUCCCAUCACUACGUUUCCACGUUCCUGUCUGGAGUGAUGUUGACGUGGCCGGAUGGACUCAUGUAUCAGAUGUUUCGCAGUCAAUUUUUAGCAUUUUCAAUAUUUCAGAGCUGUGUUCAGUUCCUACAGUAUUAUUACCAAAGGGGCUGCCUCUAUAGGCUCCGGGCUUUGGGGGAGAGAAACCACUUGGACCUUACAGUAGAAGGAUUUCAGUCCUGGAUGUGGCGGGGGCUGACGUUUCUCCUUCCCUUCUUGUUCUUCGGGCAUUUCUGGCAGCUAUAUAAUGCAAUCACGCUUUUUGGAUUGUCAAGGCACAAGGAGUGCAAAGAAUGGCAGGUUUUUGUGUUGGCUUUCACGUUCCUGCUGCUCUUCCUCGGGAACUUCCUCACUACUCUCAAGGUGGUGCACACUAAACUCCAGAAAAACAAAGACAAAGUGAAGAAGCUGUGAACCCCACCCAUUCAUAGUGUGCAUCCCUCUGCCUGCAGCAGGACUGGGUUUGGGACAGAUCCUGCUAAAGCCCAGCUCGGACAGAUGGGCUCGGGAGGACUCAUCUGUCCCCGUGUUUGGCAAAGGACUCUGCCAGCACAGACUCAGUAUUAUCUCAAGCAUGGCUCUCCAGUCUGCAGUCCUGCUAUUUAUGUAUAUUUAAUAUAAAACAUGUUUGCUUCUGGGUUUUUUUUUUUCUUCUGUAUAUAGAGCAGCAUGCACCUGCCUGGCAAAGCGCCAGCGUUGGAAUAAUGUGGGAUCUACUGUAAUUCCAAUUCUGGAAUGAUAUUUAACACUUUCCAGUUUUAUUAUUUAAAUUCUGGUAAUUGAAUUUGCAAAGGGUUAUGAACACUUUGGGUGGAUCAGGAAUACAGAGCGAAUGCUGUUUUUCAAGGCAUUUGUUUAAGGCAUAUUUUCAGUGGCAAUACUAAACCUGUGUGUACUGUGAAAAGAAAGUGCUCAUCUUUGUACCAUACUGCUGCUAUAUACACUUUUAAAAAGCUGUUUAAAGAAGAGAAAUCCUCUUCAGAAAACAAAAUCAAACAAGCAAAAGCGGUUUUUAAAUGGCAGGGAAGUCUGCUAUCCCUUUUCCAGGGAGACCGAGUCAUCUGUCCAGGCCCGAAAGGACCUAAAAUAAACCAUUCAAUAUGCAGCUGCUUCAGCCCCUUUUUAGUAAGACACACACUGCCCUUGGGUUGGUUUUUGAAACAGCAUUCUGGAAAGGGGAGGACAGAAAUAUUAAAUGCUCUCUUCAGAUGCUGCACUUGUAAACUCUGGUUCAGGAGGAUGGCAGGGGACAAACAGUGCCUGCCAUCCUGCUAAACUCCUUGUGCUGCUUGAACCUAAACUUGCUCGUUAAAACACCUUUGUUUUGGGUGCUGUAACGUCUGUGCAUCCUAAGCCAGCUGCAGCACUGAGCUGCCUUAGGCUGUGUCUUUCUCGGUGGGGAAGGUUCCCUCUGAGCCAGCACAAAGCCCAAACUGGGCACAUCCUGGGGCAGUGUCUGAACACGGUGCCCUCCUCCCCCUAAAUGUGUUCAUGAGGAGACAGGGACACAGCACAGAUGGAAGUGGUUCCAUCAGUGCUGUUGCUGCAAACAAGCAGAAUUGCCUUUGCCGUGUCACUGUCCUGUGGGCAUGAGCAGUGAAUUGCAAUUUGAAUAUUUUCAACAACUUUCACACCAGCUGGGCUGCAUCUUGUUAUGUUGAAUUUUGCACGCCCUGUGAGGUUUUUAAAUCCUUUGAACUCUCAGUUCAUGAAAUGUAAAUUGCUUUAUUUUGAGAGUGAUGCUGGAACCUGCUGUAUCUGAGCAGUGGAGCUGGUUCUGCAGGGGUGAGUAACGUGAGUUCUGCAGCAUGAGAAACUCAGAUCAAAAACUCAGAGAUUUCCACUGGAGCUGAUGGUAAAUGUGGUCACUUCCUGUGCGUUGGUGUUUCAGUUUUGUACUGGGGAAGGUGAUGGGUGGCUGUGUUUCUUUUACUGACAAAUGUCUUCUUGUGGAGAAAAGGCUGCACAAUUCAAGAUUUUUCUAAAGUCAAACGUGCAUUAUUUCUUUUAAUUUUCCAUUUUAAGCUCGUAGGGAUUCACAAGCCUUAAUUAAAUCAAAGCCAGUUAAGAGAAGAACAAACAAAAGAUUUUUCAAGGAUCAAGAUCUCUUUACUCUGCAUGUAAAACAAAAAUGAUGGCUUGCUCCAAAAGAGAAUAUGUCACCAGCUGCUCAUGUAACAAGCAGAGGAUAAAGUUGCACAAAAUCUGUACAAUGUACAGUUAUAGUUAAGACAAAACUUCAUUUCUGUCUCUUCAAAGGUGCCUGAUAAACUGCUUUAAAUAUCACUACUUCUAAAAUAUGUGGGGUUUCAGCUUUUCUGCUUGAAAAAGACAGCAAAUUGUAGCUAUAACAUGCCACAAUUAUUUUGCAGAGGAAUAAAAAAGCCACUAAGUCAUA